GCGGAGCGCAGCCAGUUUGUGAGCUUCGAAUAAUGAGUUAUUGAGCUCCACCGAGCAGCUCCUUAUAAGGAGACAUCCUGAAAUAAAUCAACUUUAGCCUGCUGACAUAAUGCAAAGUCAACCUGAUAACUAAUAACACAUGGGUACCAGGAAGUGUCUGUCCCUCAUGUCAGGACCCCCCUCCCCCUCCUCCCUGUAGACCUGUAGAGGAUCAUCAUGGACCAGAUGACCUUCCACUACGACACGGUUCUGUCGGACGUGCACAUGCACCGGCCCAGCUCCCGUCACCUCAUGACCCGCCUGAACCACAUGGGCCAGCCCGUGUUUGUGUCCAGAUUCAGGAUCCUGACAGGAAGAGCUGCUGAGCACAAAGCAGGAAGUGGAUCAGAUGGAGAGGAGGAAGAGGAGGAAGAGGAGCAGGACGGGACGGUGCAGCUGGACGAGGACGGAGACUUUGAAGUGACGCAUCGACCUCGGAGGACAUCAGUGGCUGGAGAAGAUCGAGAGCUGGUCUGUCCCGUCAUCCUCAAACAGUCCGACCCAGAACCUGAACCAGAACCAGAACCGGAACCAGACCAGGAGGAGAAGGAGAAGGAGGAUGAAGAGGAGGAGGAGAAGGAGGAGAAGGAGGAGGAGGCUCGCUGCUCCAGAGACGUCAUCACAAUCGAGCACACGAUGGCCACCCCGCUGGAGGACGUGGGCAAACAGGUCUGGCGGGGGGCGUUCCUCCUCGCGGACUUCAUCCUGUCCGAGCCGCAGUCGUUCAGAGGGGCCACGGUCCUGGAGCUGGGAGGGGGGACGGGCUUCACCAGCGUCGUCAUGGCAACCGUCGCCAAAACCGUGUACUGCACAGACGUUGGAGACGACCUGCUCAGCAUGUGUGAGAGGAACGUGGCGUUGAACCGACACCUGCUGGAGCCCAAAGGAGGGGAGGUGAGAGUGAGACGGCUGGACUGGCUGCAGCAUCACCUCUGUACAGACGCCGACACAGAGUUUAGUUGGAGCGAGGAGGAAGUUUCUGACCUGCACGACAACACGACGUUCAUCAUCGCUGCUGACGUUUGCUACGACGACGAUCUGACCGACGCCUUCUUCCGGACGCUCUACAAACUGUGCAGCAACUUCUCCCGCCCGUGCGCCGUCCUCAUCUCCAUCGAGAAGAGGAUGAACUUCACCCUGCGGCACCUGGACGUGACGUGCGAGGCCUACAGCCACUUCAGAGCCUGCCUGGAGCAGCUGCAGGCGCUGCAGGACGGCCGCUGCAGCUUCAGGGUGGAGCCGCUCACCUCCAACUUCCCGCAGUUCCUGCUGUACGAACGCAUCGAGCACCUGGAGCUGUGGAAGGUGACGUCCACUCCGCUUCCUGCUGGACUUCAGGAGGAUUCUGGGAGCUGAAGACUAAAGACGAGAGUUUUGAUCUCCUCUUUGUGUGUGUGUUUGAGAAGAAGUCUUUGAAGCAUGAAACCAGCUUGAAAGUAUUUUUUACAGUAUUUUUUUUUUGUAGUGAAAUCUGCUGUUUGUAAAUUCUAUCUAAUUUAUUAAAAGGGAUCUUUGUACCUG